AUGACUUCUGAUUCUGAAAGACCUGAAUCUCCGUCUUACGACGAGAGGCGUUCUAGUAAUGACGAAUGCACUCGUCCUAACGACAUCGCCGGUCCUCAUUACAAAUCCACCUGUACUCUUCAAUCCCUUGAACGAUUGAAGGGGCUUUGUCAAAUUCCUCCUGGAAUUAUAGCGGAGGCGCAAAUAGCCGACCCUACGGAAUCUCCUGAGAACCACCGUGCCGGCUACUUUUGCGUUUACGAAAUUUACUUCAAGGGCUGCGGAUUGACCUUCCCCCUUCCUGAAGCCCUAGUUCGAUUCUUGGCGGCUCUCGAGAUCGCUUUACCUCAAUUGACCCCCAAUCUCCUCCGAACCAUCCUCGGGAUUAUAACCGUUGCGGCGGAGGCCGGCUACGUCAUUGGAGUCCCCGAGCUGAAUGAACUCCUAAGCGUAAGGAGUUCAUCAAAGAAAACUGGGUACUUCUCAGCGUAUCCAAAUGCCAAUAGAAACGUCAUCUCGCACCUCCCGAACAAGGAUGAGAACUGGCACCAUCCUUGGUUUCUGAUUAAGAAAACUCCCGCUUCGAUUGGGAAUCUUUCCGAUGUACUCCCAUCGAAGUGGUCUGCGAAACCUGCUUUCAUCGCUUCAACUCUCCCGACCGAAGAAUUUGUCAAGUUCUUCAAAACAAUCCUUGAAGGGGAAACCCUUUGGAAUUCUUUCACCCUCGACCGGUUUGUCGAGGCCAACCGGAAACUCAGGAUGAGUCCUCCCAAUCUACUUCAUCGUCUUCCGCCUCCUCCCCCAACUCAGGGAAUGUCAGCUCGGGCCCUCGCUGCCCAGCGUAAGAAACUCUCCAAGCCGAUAGCAGAGGCUUGUGAUGAAAACAAGGCGUUCCUUGCGACCGCCAUUGACAAAAAAGAUUACAGCAGAACCCUGCUGGUCGAUGACAACAGCUCCGAGGGAGCCAGAUCCGUUGCUGCUUAUAGGUUAACACCUCGCCGCGAGGGCCGCGACGAGCGUUCUCCUCGGAGAGAGCGGUCUCCUCGUCGUGAUUCUCCUCGUCCUCCCCGAGACGAUUUUAGCAACGAACCACUUAAGAAUUUGGUUCGUAAGAAGAGGGACAAGUCGUCCCGUGAUGACUUGUCUCCGCGAAGGGAGAAAUCAAGGGCCCGGACUGACCGUUCACCUCGAUCCUCCCCUCCUACUGAACCAAUGGGUCCUCCCCGUCCUGUUGACAUGUCUUCUUCUUCCCAGCCCGUCAGCGAAAAGACUGCUCGGAGUGCAUCCCCUAAAAGUGGAGAUUCUGAAUCUCGAGAUGCUUCCUCGAGGCUGAAGCCUGCUCUUGUCCCUCAAGUCAAAUCGCUUUCAGCUAUGGAGACAGAAGGCAGCGUCUUCCGAUGCUUCAAGACCCGUUCGGGUUCGAUCUUGCCAGACUUCAACAAAUGGCGCCCUGCAAUUCGUGAACGCUACUUGCUUCACGCUUAUCAUUCAUCUCGGGCUCAUAGCGAACUUAACGACAUGAUCGAACAUUACGAAGGGUUGGUCAUUGGACGGGAGAAGGAGAUUGAUAUGUGGAAGAUGAAAUUCUCAGCUCUUGAGACUGAGCUCAAUUCUUCUGCUGGCUCCAAGCACGAUUUGGAGGAUAAGGUCGACAGGUUAACAUCCGAGCUGGCGCAAGUAAAGGAGCUGCAAGACUACUACGACCGGAAUUACAAGCUCCAGGACGAACUUUCUGGUGUUCAGGGUAGACUCCAUGAAUCCGAAUCAACCGCCGACACCCUGAACAACCAACUUAUCGAGCUUAACGCGAAAUACAAGGCGCUAGCCAAGUUGCGUGAUUCUGAAUUGGCAAGGUCGGCAUCGAAGGCCAGAAAGGAGGUUAAGGGACGCGGGAUGGAGUUGAUCCAAGGGGCCAUUCGCUUCAUGCAAACUGAGAAGGCUAGGUCGGACUUAGAGUCGGACAUCAAAGAGCAUGAAAGCAACCUGAUUCUGCUGGAUCAAAUCCAUGAAGCAGAUUUCUCUGAGGAGCAAGAGAGGACUGAGCUGUCAACUAAUCUUUCUGAAAAACGGAGUCGCUUGGCAGCUCUUCCCACUUCGACCUUCAACCCGCUUGACUUCGAGGAAUUCUUUACUGAAUCACCUCCUAUAAGUGAGUCGGGUUUAGACUGGGCGGAAUUAUUAUUUCCAGGUUCAAGCGAGACGGAAGGCAUUGUCCCGCCCGUAGCUCCUGUGGUACCGGAGGUCACUCCGGAGGUUGGUUGUACCGCGGAGGGUGGUCAGGGAGCUUCAUCUGAUCAAGCACCAGUCAAGGAGGUGAAUGAAACUCUGGUUGCUGAGCCGGAGUCCGAGGUGGAGAUCACUCCGUAG